AUGUACUAUCUGGGAGACCUCCAUUUCAAAAUCCUGCAGGUGCAGUCCACCCUGUCCAUGAGCGAGCUGCUGCUCUACGCGGUCGAGACCUACAACAGCGAGAAGAGCGAGGAGGUCAACGCGCUCGACCCGGCGCUGUGCCAGCUGCUGGGGAUCGACAAGGAGGCAGACUGCAGGCACGCGCUGGAGGGCAGCUUGGUCGAGGAGCUGGCCCGCAAGGACCCCUCCAUCUUCGUGAGGAAUAUGAGCAUGCUCUGCGAGGGCGCACAUGUGCUGCCCGGCGACUGCCUGGCCAGCCUGCCCAGCCCCGAAAUCCUGCUGGUCGCCAACAGCGUCGUGCAGGGCCAUAAAGAAAAGAGGGUGAUAGCGGUCGAUCCUCAGCGGAUCCUGAAGAUCAACCCCACCCAUCGCUCCUCGAUGGCCUUCCUGAACAGCCUGGCAGGGCAGGCGCUAGCACGGCUCCCGCAAGGGCGAGUACGAGGUCAAGGAUAUCCGGAGUGUGCGGCUGGAAAACGAGCUGCUGACGAUCGUGUUUUCCGGGGACCAGCCCUCGAGACCGCCUGCCCCGAAGCACGAUCUCGAGCACGAGGCCCAAGAAUAGCCGGCAGCCUAGUCCCAGCUGCCUACCUGCAGGAGCUGCCAAGGCCUCCUGCCAAGGUGUUCAGGCCGGAAGAGUGGUCGCUGAAGCGGUUUCAGAUCGGCAGGCCGUUAGGCAAGGGGAUGCUGGGGCAUGUGUACUUGGCGAGAGAGAAGGAGAGCAAGUUCGUGGUGGCGCUGAAGGCGAUGUCGAAGGCGCAGCUGCUGAAGCUGGGGAUGCGUCCGCAGAUCCGGCGGGAGAUCGAGAUCCAGUCGCACCUGCGGCACGACAACAUACUCCGGAUGUACGGCUAUUUCUGGGACGAAGAGAGGAUCUACCUGAUCCUGGAGUACGCCCCGGGAGGCGAGCUGUACAAGAAGCUGAAGCGGCAGAAGAAGGGCAGGUUCGAGGAGCAGCAGGCCGCGCUCUACAUCCGCCAGAUCAUCUCCGCCAUGCUCUACCUCCACUCCAAGCACGUCAUCCACCGCGACCUCAAGCCCGAAAACCUGCUCGAGUUCGGAGGCGAGGUCAAGAUCUCCGACUUCGGGUGGUCCAUCCACGCGCCCAACGACCGCCGCAAGACCUUCUGCGGCACCAAGGACUAUAUCUGUCCGGAGAUGGUCUCGGGCAGGGAGCACGACCACCGGGUCGACAUCUGGACCGUGGGCGUGCUCUGCUAUGAGCUGAACGCGGGCAUGGCGCCCUUUGAGGCCAAGACCCAGUGCGAGACCUUCAAGCGCAUCACCUCGUACGACCUGAAGUUCCCGGGCAUUUCGACGGAGCUGCGAGACUUCCUGAUCCGGGUGCUGACGCACCGGGACAGCCGGAUGUCGCUGCACAUGGUGUCGCACCCGUGGAUGAUAAAGCACACGGGGGGCACCCUGGUGCGGAGGCCGUGA